CGAAUCCGGUGAUUCGUGGUUGUAAUGUGCGUCUGAGAAAGCAGUGUCAGUGUGGUGUGCUUGUAGUGAUCGGUAGUGAUGUGGAAGUUUGCAAUAGUAAAAAUAUGACGAAAAUAAGCCCGCUUACGAAUACAUUAUUUAUACUCGUUGCAAUAGUGUCCUGUCUGAUAUCGCAAUCCUUAGCUGCCCUAUCCGACAAACAAUUAUGUUACGACCCCAAUUGCUCCGAAGUGAUAUCUUUGGCCAAGACGAUACUUGCUUACAGAGCAAAUGACCGUGAAGUAAUGUCAUUUGGCAUCAACGAAGAUGUCAAAGUUUUCAGCAAAGGAGCUGGAAAGCGGAUCGAUUUAUGGGGUGUCGAGAUAAAAGGCAAACGUGGAUUUGCACCUAAAACAUUUUUAAAUGAAUAUAAAGUCCUACAACGUAUCUUGUUGCAUGAAGUGCCUGUUUACAAAUUUACUGAUGAAACCAAGGACAAAGUUCUAACCAAAGCUGAAAAAGUACAUAAAAUACAUCCUCUUUUGAAAGAUAAGUUGCCUCGUGAUAUCAAUGAGACACUGUCUCCUUCGGCAAAGUCUCUAGAUAAAAGUGUACAGGAGAAAAAUGUUGAAAGUAAGAGACUUGAAUCUACAGAGGAGAUACACUCUUCUGUAGAAGAUAAUUUAUCUUACAGUGACAACAGUGAGGCACUGUCGGCGCAGUCAUUAGAUAAAACUGUAGCAGAAUUUGAAGCAAUUAAUGUAGAUAGUAUUUCACCUUCUUAUGAAGUGAUAGAUGGUACUACAUUUUAUUUUGAGAGUAAACCAUCUGUGCAACAAAAGUCAACUGAAGCAAUGCAUGCUACUGUAUUGCCAAAUGAACAAGUUUCACUUCCUCCUACCAAUCUUAAAACAGAUUCUGACAACAAUGAUGAUAAGACCGUAUCUAUGAACAAAAAAGAAAAACAACAUGAUAUAACUGAUGCCAAGAGUCAACCAGAAGAAAUCAAAUUAUCGGUAGAUAUUUCUGAAGAAAUUAACACCAAGACACUGUUAGGAAAUUCGGAAGUAAUCAGUCCAGUUGUAGAUACAGUGGGCGAGGAUGAUACCUUAUCGCAUGAUGUAAGUGGUAAAUCUAAAGAUCAACUGUCUAAAGAUCUAGAAAGAUCUAGUGAAGGGAAAUUAAUGGAUAACAGUGCUGAGAAGAUUGCAGAAUAUAAGAAGGAAGAACUCACUGAAACUAUUGAAGAUGAGGGCAUAUUUGCCUCAUUUGCAAGAAAGUUUAACAUUUUAUCUGAUUCCCUAGAAACUGCAACCACAGAAGGUACCACCACUAGUCCGAAUGCCAAUGACGUGUCUACUUCUGAAGUUAUUAUUGAGAGUAAAACUAUAGUCGAAGAAAAUAUCCCAGCUACUGAAGCAUCACUAGAUGUAGAUUCAGGCAUUACAAGUAAACGUGACAUAGAAAUACAGCAAAAAGUUAUAGACGAGAGUAUUCGGGGUACGAGAAUUUCAGAUGAGAAAGUAAAGUUGGAGGAAGAAACAAUCGCAGUUCGUCUGGAAGAUACUGCAUCUCGUGACGUGCCUUUAUCCAAUAAUUUUGUACGUGAAGAUGCUUAUAAGUCUGCCGAAAAGUUGUCAAUAGCAUCCUCUGUUUUAGCGGAUAAUAGCCCUACUUUUAAUGAAGCCGAUGUUAAUAGUCAUGCUGAAAAUGUCAAAAUGCAGGAAACAAGCGAGGAAGAAAAAGUUAUAGAAAAUAUUGAGACUGAAGAGGUAAUCGCUUCUCUUGGAGAAGGAUCAACAGUUUCACCUGAAGUGCAAGAAACUACAGUUAGUAUUACUGCUCAAAGCAAUGACGAUAUUGAGCAGACAUCACCAGAGAGUGCUAAAGCAUCUUUAGAAGUUACAAAGAAGGACGUUCACGGAGACACUGUCGCCCAAGUUGGUGAAGUAACAGCUGUCAAUGAAACUUCAGAGACUAGUAAUUUACCGUCUACCGUUGAAAAUUCCGUUGAAAUUCGCAAAGAUAUUAUUAAAGAAGCGUCUCUUGAUAAUUCAACUGUCGGGAAAAGUACAGUAAUUAUUGACGACAUAUUAAAUCGCGAUGCUGCAGAUGUCCAGCUUAAUGCAAAAUCUAUUGUACAUAGUAAUGUAAAUAAAAAUGAUCAUUUAGUGUACGAUGCUAGUUCCGGCAAUGUUCCUGUAGAGUCUGACGAAUUCUCUAACGGUAUAGAAUCCAGUGUCGUCGGUCCGAAACAAUCUGCAGAUUCUAGUCAAAAGAACAUGAUCUCAGAAAAGAAGUGGACCCCUGACGAAUAUCUCGGUAAUCGAAAUUUGGCGAGCAACAAAGAUUUUGAACAUAAGAACGUUGAAAAUCAAAUUCAUAGUUUUGCAAAAGGCGACGAUAAAACCUUACUUGAACAUGGUAAUCACAUAAGCAGUAAGGACAAAAUUUUGCCUAAAGUUGAAGAUAUCACGAGAAAUAGCGAGCAGACGCAUGAGUCAGAAUCAACGUCUACUUUGCACGGAAUAGAAGAUAACGUUUGCUCACUUGAUCAUGAAUGUGCAACCGAAGAUAUCAUCGAAGAUACUGCAGAGUCAUUGGAAAAAGCAGAAAGUGAAGAAGAUUAUAUGUUCGAUGCAAUAACAAUAGAUCAUAAUUAUUGGAAAACAUUGAUAUAUCUAAUGGUAACAGCUUUAACAACACUUGUAUUUACUCUCGGAUAUUAUUAUAUUGAGAAUAUAAGAAGAGAUGGUCAACUUAUAGCGAAAAUUAAUAAACUCGAGAAAGAGCUAUUGGUCUCGACUAAAGAGUGCGAAGUACUCAAUGAGAACCUAAAGUCUACCAAGGAAAAGUUACGCUGCAUAGAAGAUGAAUCAUUUGGUUCUAACGAAAUGGUUGUAUCGCUAAAAGCUGAUUUAGAAGCAGCACAGAAUACAAAAGCAGAAUUGGAGGAUCAAGUAGUUAUGCUGGAAAAGGAUUUAGAAAGUGCAACUGAGGCUGGGUUGGAACUGGAGCGUAUGUUAAGGGAAUUUUUAUCAUCGAACAAUGAAGUUAAUCCUUUAGCUCAAUCAGUGGAGGGUUUGCAAGCACGAUUAGACGCUCAACAAAUCGCGAACGAAUCUUUAACAAAUGCAUUGAAUCUUAAGUCUCAAGAGCACGAAUUUGACAAGCUUGAGAUUGAGACUUUAUCAGCGGAUCUUGCAACUGCUAAAAAGAAAUGUGAAGAAUAUGAAGUAGAAUUGUCGCGCGUACAGCAUGAGCUAGAUAUUCAGAGAAAUUUUAAGAAUAACAUAGAGGAAACAUUAACUGAUAAGAUACAUUCUUUGGAAAUGCAAGUGAACGAAUUAUCUACUGAGAAAUCGGCACUAUAUAAAGAAUUGAGAGGCAAGGAGAUAGAAGUGAAUGAGCUUGUAGAAGUUAUCAAUCAGAUCAAUUCGAACAGCUUGGAUUUGGAAAAAUUAUACGAGGUAUCUCGUGUUAAAACGGAAGCGGCACAAUUACGCGAGGAGAGAAACGAAUUAAAAAUGCGAUUAAGCGAUGUCGAGGGUGCUCAUCAGCUGUUGGAAGAGCAUAUGAAGCUGGUUAAAGAAGAAAUCGCUGGAUUAAGUGAACAGUGUAAAAUGGCCGAGAAAGAGAAAAAGGAUGCAGAGACGCGACUUGAAGUGUUGUCUAAAUUCUUCAAGGAAAAAGAAGCCGAACGUCAGAAGGAAGAAGCCAUUUGGUUGCAAAAACAAGGUGAAGUUGUAUCGACGGUAGAGAGGAUACAUACAAUGCAGAAUGAGAUACAGAAUUAUAAACAACAAACAGAAAUGUUAAAACGGGAGAUAGUGGAUCAGGAGAGAGAAUACAAAAAUCAAAUAUCUGCUCUGGAGACGAAAUCACACGAACAAUGGGUCAUUGCUCGUCAAAAUGAACGUCGUAUGGAAGAGAUGAGAGCCGAAGCUGGCCAAUUACGCAAUCGACUCACGCUCGUAGAGAAGAACUUAAACGACAGCGAUUCCGAGACAAAGUUACAUCGCCUGGAGGCGAACGGGGAAACGGCAACCUCACCGUUAUUCAUAGGAGCAGAAUCGUCCAGUUCUCCCAUAAUGUUUAGCUCAGGCGUCCCACCGCCACCGCCGCCUUCCUAUCUACAUUGUUUCCCGGCGCAUCUACCGCCCGUGCUACCUCUCGCUUCUGGUUACGUGCGUACGUCCCAAUAUGACAGUCUCAGUCAGCGUCCUCCGCCUCUAGGCGGCAGGUUAUCGUCACCGCCGCCGCCGAUGCCACCGAUACAUCCUCCCGCUCCCGGGGGUAGAUACGAGAACGCGAGUUCUCCGCCACCUCCGAUGUCUCCGCAUUUACUUCCACCGUUCAACCGUCACAGAUCGCCACCGCCACCACCACCGUUCGGUGGCGAUCAUAUCCCACCUCCUCCUCCACCCGGCUCGAUAGUACCUCCACCCAUCGGUACGGCGCAUGCAUGGGCGGAGGAAUCAUCGCCGUUCUUACGCGGUUCUGGUUUCCAUCCUCAUCAGCGAGAGCAACGUACGCGCAAUCAUAAAGGUUCCUUACAUUCUUCAGGAGAAUCAUUGGAUAAGGCACAUCAUGGGAAAGUCUAGGUUUUUGUAUCUUGCUAUACAACACACUUGUACAAAGGCCAAAUCUAUCACUGUGACAGUGACAGACUCCUCGCAUUGUAUAAGAGUUUCAAAUAAAUAUCUAAUCAUGAUGUCAAAGUUACGUUAUACUAAAGGAACAAAUGUAUCGGUACCGUAGCGAUUCUUUUAAUGCAGUUUAUACAUUUUUAUAUCUGUGAUGUGUUAUAUACGAUAAAUCAUUUCAUACAGUUUUGUUAAAAUGAGAUAUUUUCUUUUUUGGUCAUCAUUAUUCAGGAGAAAUAUUAAUUUUACUUUACAAGUGGAAACGCAUGCGGCAAUUUGUAAAGAUGGUUAAAAUGUUUAUACACACAAUUUGACUUGUAUGCAAUUUCAGCUUUUAAUUGCUAAUUUUAAUUGCAUAGGGAUAAAAGAGAGAAGGUAUUGGAAAGUAUUUACAAGUCGUGUUAAAAAAAUAUCUAAAUUUUUGGUAAUAACGUGCAUAUUCUAGGAAUCAGAUAUUUGACUUGUACUUUAGUAUAAAUAUAAUAUUGUAAUAAAGUUCUUAUAAUCGAUGUUAAAUAAAAUGCAAAAUGUUGUUACAUAUGGUUUAAAAAGAUGAAAUAAAUUAUAAUUUAUUAUAAUUGGACGUGUUAUAUUAAGAGAUUUUAUGACACACAGAUUUAAUUAUAUUUUUUUAACUUGAGCAGAAAAAUAUGUUGCUCUUGUAAUUUUCAACGAAAAGUAAUUGGAUAAAAAGUUAAAGUUAUAUCUAAUUCGUACAUAUGUAUCAUAACAAUACGAACGGUGGGAAAGACAACAAUCCUUGUUUUUUUUGCUUUUAUUUCGAGUGCUUAUAUAUUCGUUGUAAAACGUUA